AACCCCUAAGGCACCCUAUAAACUCACGGAACCCCACUGCAUGUAUUGGGGAACCCCUGUUGAAGAGCACUGCUGUAGAAUAAGUAACGUAUAUCUUAUUUAUGUUUUUGUUUGGCUGCUUGUUAAAACGAGUUGUUUGUCUAUCGAUUGCUAAUUAAAUUCAAAACUGAGCCAAGAGAGGCCAAUUUACCACAUUAACAUUGGCGGAUAUAGGAGUCAAGUACUGUUGUAAUAUUUUAUAUUAGUUCAUUAAUACAAGCAAAAUAAUAAACAAUACAGCGUUACUGGCUGUAUAUAUUGGCAUUGAAAAGCCUUUGGCUUCAUUGCUUAUAUCAUAAUUCAACAACACAUGCUUUAUUCCUGCAACGAAAGAUGGCAGAUACGAAGGAAAAAAUUGUAUUUUGUGGAGUUCUGACAGUGAGUGACAGAUGUCAUGCUGGGACAAAAGAAGACAUCAGUGGAAUGAAAUUGCAAAAUAUCUUGGUUGAAUAUACUGGAAUGAAGGCAGUUGUAAAGGUUAGAAAAAUUGUUCCAGAUGAGGUUGAUGCGAUCAAGGAUACUCUGAUUGAAUGGUGUGACAAGGAACGUAUAAAUUUCAUAAUCACAUGUGGUGGAACUGGUUUUGCACCAAGAGAUGUAACUCCAGAUGCUACAGCACAAGUAAUAGAGAGAGAGGUCAAUGGAAUACCAAUCGGGCUUAUCACGGCAUCACUGGCUGUUACACGAUUCUCCAUGCUAUCAAGAAUGAAGUGUGGAAUUCGUGGGCAGUCAUUUAUUCUGAAUUUGCCCGGUAACAUGAAAGGAGCAGAGGAAUGUCUCAAAUUUGUACUGCCUGUUGUCAGUCAUGCCAUUGAUUUACUAAAGGAUGAUCUUGAUGAAGUGAGAAGUACACAUCAAAGGGAGCUUUCUGCCAGUAAUGAAACACCUUUAAGACAACCUGCUCUGGAUACUGUUGGGCAUCAUGUAUUAAAUGUUCACAGCUUAUCUCAUACUACUGAUCAUUUUGCACACGGAGCUCAUGGUCAUCAUAUACCUGACUCAUUUAAUCAAAUAAUAACUGCCACAGACUUGGAGUUGGAUGACGCAGAUCUAGACAGUGAUCUAUCUCUGUCAACGUUAGAAUCUGACUCGGAAGCAAUUUUAUGUCAGAUGAAAAGCGAAUCAAAAUCCACAUCGGUGGAAAAAAGAAAAUUGGCUAAAGAUUCUCUGAUUCCUUCAAAAGUUGCCAGAAGAGAUCGCACUUCACCUUAUCCCCUUGUGCAAAUGGAUGAAGCAUUGUCCACAGUGUUGGAAAAUGUUGUCAAACAACCAAUCAAAAGCGUUUUGUACUCUGACGCAUUGGGAUAUGUUCUUGCUGAGGAUAUAGAAUCUCCAGAGUCAAUACCAAGAUUUGCAGCUUCUGUUAAAGACGGAUAUGCCGUUAUUGCAUCAGAUACUCCAGGAGAUUUUGAAGUAGUUGGAGCAUCAGUAUGUGGUUCUCCAUCUAUUAUUAAAUUGAAGAGAGGACAAGCUAUGAGAAUUACAACUGGGGCACCAUUGCCGGAAGGGGCAAACGCUGUAGUACAAGUUGAAGAUACAAAAUUACUUGAAGAGGCUGAUCAGGGAAACACUGAAGUGAGGAUUUCCAUAUUGACAGAAGCAAAGGAAGGACAAGAUAUUCGGCAAGUGGGGUCUGACAUCAAGAAGGGAGUUGUUUUAUUACGCUCUGGAACCCUGCUGGGACCUAGCGAAAUCGGUGUUUUAGCGUCAUUGGGAUUCACAGAUGUUCCUGUCUAUGGCAAGCCUAAGGUCGCUGUGUUGUCAACAGGAAAUGAGAUAACCAGCCCCAAAAGAAAACAGCUUGCAGUUGGACAGAUACGCGAUAGCAACAGGAUCAUGCUGUUGUCUGCAUUAAAAUUAGCUGGUUAUGAAACGAUCGAUAUUGGAAUUGUUCAAGACGAACCAGAAGAAUUGAGAGAUAGACUAGAAAAUGCAAUGGAAAAGGCUGAUAUCGUCAUCUCUUCUGGAGGAGUAUCUAUGGGAGAAAAAGAUUAUUUGAAAUCCACACUGCAAAGCCUAGGAGGAAAAAUACAUUUUGGGCGGAUACUAAUGAAACCUGGAAAACCCACAACAUUUGCAUCUGUCUCUACUAAAGCUGGCAAGAAGUUAUUCUUUGCUUUGCCAGGAAAUCCGGUGUCUGCAAUUGUAACUUUCAAUAUAUUUGCAUUACCUGCACUGAAAAAAAUGAGUGGCUUGGAUAAUCCAGGUGCCACAAUUAUCAAAGCAAGAAUUUCGUCGGACAUUGAAUUGGAUGCUAGACCAGAGUACCAGCGAUGUGUGAUAUUCUGGAAGCCAGAUGACAAUGAUCCAUGGGCAACAAGCACAGGAAGUCAAAUCAGUAGGAAACUGACUAGCAUGAAUAAGGCAAAUGCUCUCUUGGUUUUGCCACCAAGGACUUCUGAAUGUUCCAAACUAUGUAGAGGUGACUUAGUCGACGCUAUGAUAUUGGAAAAAAUUUAAAUUAGAAGCUCUAUAGAACAGGGGUGGCCAACCUGCAUUUGACCGUGAUCGACUAAAAUCUAUAAAAUAGCUCACGAUUAACUGAUAACUGGAGAUUCAUAUAACCGCGCACACACAUACGGAAAAUUUCACCGCUGCCAAAAAGCUUGGCUAUGUCAACGUGAUUACGUGCGAGUUAAUGCUUGUCUCAUACUUGCACUGCUCAUCACACAUUCAAGGUGCUUGUCUUUCUGUUGGAAUCUAAAAAGAGCCGACUCUUUCGGCGAGUAAUUCGAUUCAUGAUAUCUACGAGAAAAUAAAAUGUCUUUCUGUAAUAACUUAAUUGUGUUCAACUCCCAUUUGCGUCGACUUACCACAAAAUGAAAGCAUUAAUACUCUAAAACACCACGAUAAUAUAUGAACAUAAGAAUAUGAGAAAAACUGCCAAACCCUUAGUUUUGAUACAUAUUUUUGCCAAUGUUUAUAUAAUAAUUCGUCUUUCUACCCUGUGCAAUAAAAAAGGUAAUUAUCGUUGUCUUCUUGGCACAAGGCAUAUAUAUGUUGAAGAAAAUGUGUGAUCAAACCCGGAACUGCCACCAUUGCGAAUAAAAUUUAUCACUCUACUCUUGAAGUAAGACAAUUACUUUUGCAUACUGCAGAAGUUAUUGUAGAAUUGUUCGUCAGUCCAGGCACACGAUAUUCAUUACGUUCAUUUCUAAACCUCGGCAGCGGCGAUGAAAUUCGGGCCAGGUCAGGCCUGAAAUGUGAAUCAUUACAUUCGGCUCGGGUCGGGCAUCUCUAUCGCUGACUUUUUUUUAAAAUAAAUAUAUGUUUACAAAAAAUAUAUACUAAAACUAUGUGUGGAAUUCAAAGAACUCCUAAAUAAAAUAUAAAAUUUCGGGUUUGCUUCGAGCUCGAGCCUGUAGUUAAUUAGUCGGGGUCGGGUAAAACACCCACGGGCCGGUGUCGGGCUAGAGUUUUAUGGCCCGACCUUACCUCUAAUGUAUCGCACUGUAUUCUUUCUUUUUUUGAAAAAAAAACGCAUUAGGCGCUGCAUGAAACUGGUCCAAGGUAAUUUUUUUGGGUAUGUUAUUAAAUUCACUCGGCACCAGACGCGAUCGACUAAGUGUGGGCCACCCCUGCUAUUGAACAUCAAGAAUAGCAUUUGUUGAAAUAAGGUCCAGUGUGGUCCGUUUUAUGUUAUAUGGUUUGCUUUUACUGUUGCUUAACUCUGUCGUAUUUUACUUAGCUUUUUAAUUUAAAUCUUCAUUUAAAUCUUCAGUGUCACAACAGAAUAACCAAUCUUUCAAUCUGUCACUAGCAAUUAGGAUUUGAAUCUGUGAACUUUUUCUGAACCACUCCUAUGAAAAUAUUAUAUAGUUUUGUGCUAUGCAGGAAUGGGUACAAAGUAUUUAUUGAUGGUUUAUUAUAACUUUUAUUCAACUUUUCUUCUAUUAAAUCAUUAUAUUGGUCUGAAAUGAUUUGCGCUUUUAUGGAUACAUUCUUCAAUUUGAAAGCACCUGUUUAUUUUAAUUGUCAAUUUAUUUUUCUUAUUGUUAUGCCUGUGUUGGUCAAGCUUUUGUGUUAGUAUGUCGACAGUCCAAGUCAUUUUGAAGUCAAAUUGAAUAUUUUCAUCAAUUCUAGUUUUCAAUUACUUGUUAGACAUUGUGAUAUUACAUUUUAUAUUAAUGAUCAGGCCACCAUUCAGCAUAUAAUAUAGGAGAUUUCAACGUAUUUAAUAUCAAAUAAAGCUUAUUAUGGAUUUUUAAAAAUUGGUUCGGCUCACGAAAUACGUCAAUUGAACGUGAACCUGCUAGUGUAAUGACAUCUUUUUAACAUCCAAAUUUUUUUUUAGUUUUUAUGGCAUGGAAUAACUUAGCCAAAAUGGGAUUUUAAAAAGAUCAUCGUGGUGCAAUAAUACCUUAUUGAGAACCCUAACUCUAACCUUAGACCAUAAUGUUGUAAAUUAUGAGAAUUUAGAAGUCUGUGUAUUUUGACAAUCUUUAACAUAAAAACGUGGAUUAAGAAGUUCUGAUAAAAACAAGAUGGCGUCUAUUACAUUUUGGGGAUGUAUUAUAAUUUGGGCGAUCUAUAAUGGGACCACAGUAUUAUGAUCUAAAAUCAUGCUGUAAACCAAAAGCUUUUUAUAAUAUGAAGGCUUUAAUAAUUCUAUCAAUUAUGGACACUUUCAGCUUUUUUGUUUUAUUCUGUUUUGUGAUUGCAACUGUAAAUAAAAAUGCUCCAAUGUGCUUUGCAAAUUGUUAGUUCUUUAAAAUUCUGUAUCAUCAUGUUUAUCAUUGAUGUUUUAG